CUCGUCCGACCGAAGUGCAGCCCUACGAACGCUCUUACGAAAGCGAAGUAUCCGUCGCAGCCUGCGGAACCCUGUGCUAUUUCAGCGGUUAUAUCAGCGUGAGUACCGAAUAAACAAAAAAUUUUAAGAAAGUUGAAAUAAAUGAGCGAACUCGGUUAGUUUUAUCAAUCAUAAUCUGUGGCAUCAUGGAACAAAAGCAACCUACCGCAGGAAAUCACAAGUUUCCGAAUAUUGCGAGGUGGCUGUUUCUAAUAUUCGGCUUCCCGAUCGCGUUACCUUGGCUAGCGUAUGAUUUGUUGGAUAUUAUGUGGCAAAAGCAAAAAAAGAAAGGCCUUAAAAACAAGGUAGUGAUGAUAACUGGUGCUAGUUCCGGAUUGGGAGAGGCUUUGGCUCAUGUGUUUUAUAAAUGCGGGUGCAAACUUAUCUUGACAUCUCGGAGAGAAGAAGAGCUAAUGAGAGUCAGAAACGAUCUAAUAAGCACUCAUCAAAUAGUUCAAGCUUAUCCACCUAUUAUUUUAUCGCUCGAUCUAACUAAAAUUAAGGAUAUAAAAGCUGAAGUUUUAAAAACUCUGUCAGUAUAUGACGGAAUUGAUAUUCUUAUAAACAAUGCUGGUAUUUCAUAUAGAGGAGCAGUUAUCAGUACAGACAUUGAUAUAGAUAUAAAGGUCAUGAUGUCAAAUUAUUUCUCUCAAAUCUACUUGACCAAAAUUAUCUUGCCACUUAUGAUAAAACAAAAUUCAGGCCAUAUAGUUGGUGUAAGUAGUGUACAAGGGAGAAUUGCUAUUCCAUAUAGAUCUGCAUAUGCUGCGUCCAAGUAUUCAGUACAAGCUUGGUAUGACAGUGCCAGAGCUGAACUCUGCGAUAAAAAUAUUAAAUUUACGAUCGUCAAUCCAGGAUAUAUCAAGACACAUCUUUCUAUGAACGCUUUAACAGGAAAUGGACAAGUUUACGGAAAAAUGGAUGAAACAAUUGCAAACGGUUAUGAACCAGAAUAUGUAGCUGAACGCAUCUUAGAAGCAGUAUUAAAACAGAAGGAGGAGGUUACCAUAGCACCGUUUUCAGUCAAGUGUGCUAUCAUAAUUAGAACUUUAUUUCCUUCGCUUUUUUUUUGGCUCAUGCAAAACCGUGCAAGAAAAUUAGCAAAGAGUCAAUGAUGAUUUCGCUUAUUUAAAAGUUACUGUUUAUAGAAAUAUUUUUACUUGUCUAGUUGUUAUGGUUUUGAUAUUUUUUCUUUAAAAUAUACUUUCUUAAGAAGUUCUUAA